UAUUAUGUUGAGAGCCAAAUACCUAUAUUAUAUUGUAGUCUAUAAGCCACUCUUACUUUUAUACGUCUUAUUUAUUUCUAUAUUUAUUCUUAUUCUAAGAUCAAAAGAUUAUAUUUUGUAUAAUUUUGAAGAUAGCUCAUCAAUGGUGCGGUAAAUCAUAGAAUGAAAAUUUAAAUGCUGAUAUAUAUGACAGCUGGCAGCACCAACUCACUGUCAGAUUAUAACUUCUACAUAGUGAACUUUAUUUUAUAUUCUGGCAAUAGAUUUGACUUUAUGUCAGAUAGUGAACUUUCUAUUUUUUUGGUUCGAAGCUUCAAGUUUCAACUACGAUAGUUAUCUGGCACAAGUCAAUGACAGAAUGUCAAAAUUAAUAACAGUGAAGGCUGGCUAAAAAUUAUUGGGGCCGUAGAUUGCAAAAAUAUUUUUUUUAUAUAUGAAUAUUAUGAUACUUACAUGAUAUGUUUGUUUUUCGGUGUAACUCAAUGAAACUAUAAUAAUUUAGAACAAAUGUGUGAGAAAUAAAAGAGUAGAUAUGUUAGUUUUCAAAUGUGCUUUAAUAUUCUUCUUUUCGACUUUUGUGUUGUCACUAAGUUCACAAGUUGCAAAAGUAUAUACAUUGGGAAUUGGUCUUGCCUGUUUAUACUUUAUCAGUGGAGCAUUGGCUGGCAAAAUCCUAUAUGACAGAUACCAGUAUAUUCAUAUCCUAGGCUCACUAACACCAAAUCCAAAUGUGACCUUGUAUGUAAACAGAAUAGCUUCUAUUUCUGCAUCAUUCCUCUCAUUGGGCUUCCUCAGUUACCUUUUUCUUGUCUUAUUUAAGAAAGAUGAGACCACUCUCAGAGCACUUACAAUAUUUUUAUGUGGAUGUGGGACUCUUUAUAUGUGGGUACAGAGUUUACUCACAACAUAUAUAUCAACUUUAUUUUUUGAGAAAAGAUUGACAGUAUUAAGACAAUACCUAGCCAAUUUGAGCUUCCUGUUUCUAAUUCUUAUGGCAAUAUUUGGGACCUUAUCUGUAUUUUUGCCAGAAGGUGAUUCUAGUGUAAUGUACAUUUGUAACAUAUUAUCAUCUCUUAGCGGAUACACAAUGACAACUAUUUUCUGUAUAUUUAUAUUGUCAUUUGAAAAGGAGUAUGCAUAUUUUUCGGAGGGAAUCCGUUCCGAUAUGUUAAUAGAUGACACCUGUUCGUUGAACAAUGCGUCAGUCGACGAAAGUUUACUAGAUACACAUACAAUAAGGAGGAUAUUGCCCCGUACCGUGUCCUGACAAGAAGCCGUGCCCGCGGGCACGGUAAGAGCGCCAUCUUACGGCAGUUUCAACGAAACGAAUUUCGAAAUUUUGGAAAACCAUUUCUCGCAAGAAUCGAGCCCCGAUAACGACAGUGGCAUGUCC